AUGUCAGACAGUGACACAGAAUCCACUCUGACCGACCUCUCCUCCGAACUGAGUUCUGCGCCACCGUCUCCUAUAUUCCCCGCCUUCUCUCUGACAGCAUACCCGACUCCGGACUCGUCGCAAGCACAGAGUACCUACAGCUCAAGUAGUGAACAAGACAGCCGGAAGCGAAGGCGCAAGCAUGACGACUUCCCGACCGAGAAGAAGAGGAAAGUCACUGCGCCCAAAGAAAGAAGCACCCUGCGCCUGGACCUUCGUUCAUCUCUCCAGCAACCCGUUGCAGACUCUUCAGUUGAACUGGAUACGCUGCUUAAAGCCCUGAGGAAGAAGAGGAAGAUUGUUGUCGUAGCGGGCGCAGGAAUAUCAACUUCUGCGGGGGUACCUGACUUCCGCUCCACCAAAGGCCUGUUCAAUACGCUGCGCAAUGACAACAAAUUGAAAGCCUCAGGUAAACAACUGUUCGAUGCCUCCGUCUAUCAGACAGAUGCUUCGACUUCAUCCUUCCACGAUAUGGUGCGCAUGUUAUCAAGGGUGGUGGAUGGCGCUCAGCCAACUGCUUUCCACCAUCUACUGGCCACACUAGCCGACGAAGGUCGGCUUCUCCGCCUGUACACACAAAAUGUUGACGGGAUAGACGCUGAAAUAGAACCCUUAAAGACGGCAGUCCCCUUGCCCAAGAAAGGACCCUGGCCUCGAACUGUCCAACUACACGGAAGCUUGAAGAAAAUGGUGUGUGCAAAGUGUGGUGAUCUGAGAGACUGUGAUCCAGCGUUGUUUGACGGGCCAGAUCCACCCUCGUGCUCGAGCUGUGCAGACCUUGACAAAGUCCGUACAGAAGAGGCCGGCAAAAGAAGCCAUGGAAUUGGCAAACUGCGGCCAAGGAUGGUGCUUUACCACGAAGACAAUCCCGAUGCUGAGGCUAUCGGCUCUAUAGUGACAUCAGAUCUCCGCGCUCGACCCGAUGCGCUCAUUGUUGUUGGAACAACUAUGGAGAUUCCGGGGGUCCAGCGAAUGGUGCGAGAAAUGUGCAAAGUCAUCCAAAAUAGAAAGGACGGCAAAUGCAUCUGGAUCAAUCGGGGGCCUCCGCCUACUGGCCCAAAAUUCGAGGACAUCUGGGAUCUAGUUGUUGCGGGCGACUGUGACAGGGUCGCUGAGCUUGCAGAUAUGCGGAGAUGGUACGAAGAACCACGAGAAGGUGUCAGAGUCACAGAUUCUGAUGCAGAGAGGGCCAAGGCAAAGAAGACUGGAGUGAAAGUGAUACUUCAAUCGGCGCAGACGAUUAAAACAUCAAGUCCGGCAGAAUUGCCGAAUCCCUUACCUAGCCCUCCGUUAGAAGCAGAACCUGGGAAAUCAGGCAUUAAACUCAUUUUCAGACCAGCAAAAGACAAGAAGCCGAAGAAGCUAUGUAAAUCACAACAAUCACAACCACCAAAAGAGGAAAGCAAAGGAAAGAAGACAACGAAAUCGGGCUGCAAGCCUCAGAUCAGGCAGAAUUUGAAACCCAAAAAGGUUCCUGCUGCCGGCUUCAAGCCAAUUACUAGCACAUUCAAAGUCACCAAACUUCAGGAUCCUACUACUGGAGUUCCAAAGAAGGUCCCCGAAGAUCCAAAGCCAUUCGAUCCCGUUCCACCGCAAUCAGCCCGGAGCAACAGCAACGGUAGCCCUUUGGAGGGGACUGUCAUGAGGAAGCUAGAGAAGAUUGAAGUAAAAAUCGAAGACUCAAAUCCUAAAACGGGACGGCUGAAACGGAUGAGCCAGGAGAGUAUAUCACCCACCGGUAAACUACCUAAGGCAUUGGCACAUAUUCUGAAUUAA